GUGAACGCACCGCAGUAGUGUGACGUUGCGUCAGUAGAAACGUCUUUUUUAUUACUUCUCCGACGCUGUACAGGCACCACAUCCUAGUUUUCCUAAGUUAAUGCUGUGCGUGAAUGCAUAAAGUACCACAGCACAAUAGCCUUAUAAAGACCACAGUUUACCAGUGCUUGCUGCCGCUUAUUGACCAAAGCCACCAAACAGAGGACAACCUGCCGUGUUCUUUGACUUGAACACACAUCUAUACCUUUGACCGCUCCAAACCAGUGCAUCCUUGGAGACAUCUCAACUCCCUAAGAACCCUCUCCGUUUCAGUGGGAUAUCUAAAUUCAUUCCUCCCAGUGAUUAGUUAGGCUGGGUUGGCUUAUUAAAACUUAACAAAUAUAAAAAUGAGCCAAAUGAGACGGCUCACCAAGAUCCGACUCCCCUCAAAGAGCCAUAAAUCCCAUCUCUACUUCAAUUUCCAGGUGUCUCCAGCCAAGCCAGGAAGUCAGAGUCCUCCAAAACAGGAAAAAAAACACACAACAUUUGCACUCAAGAAAAAAACAAACAAAACAUUACGACAACAGUUGAAACUCCGGAAAAGGAAGAAAAUACUAAAACCGCUUCGCCCACAAGCUGGUCAUGACCACCGUGCCACCGGUCAGUUUUUAGCGCCCCUAGCGGUAGAAACCACUGGUUAGUGCCUUGGAUAGACCACUGUAUCGGCUACAACCCCAUUCACGACGGUUCAUGGAUUGUGGCCAUGACAAUGUCAUUUUUCUACCCAUUUGUUAAAGUGUUGGGGAUGCAUUCAUUUCCUACCUUUUGUCAUAGUCAGGCUGACAAGAGGACAAGACAAACACAAGCCAAACAUGUAGUGCAGUAUUAGAAAUUCAUUUACAGACCCUUCAAAAAACCCAGUGUUCCUGAAAGCACCAAUGACGUAACAAAAUUAGACUGCAGAGACGUGAGCGUGGCCACGCUAACAGAAGCCCGCCCUCGUCCACUCAAAAUGACUGCUGCUGCUGCUGCUGAUGAUGAUGGUGAUGAUGGCGGUUGAUUCGCUGUCUUCCCGGGCGCUUCGAUGAAAGAGCUUGUUAUCGUUGGAGAAAUACUCGCAUUGAAACGACUGGCUUUCGACUUUAUUUGACUUUUUGUCUAUGUUUUACUUGGAGGACAAUACACUGAAGGGACGUUUACGUUCAUUCAUUAGUUACAACAACAAUGGCAGCUCACGACUUUAAUUUCUUGCUAGCAACGGAUUCCUACAAGGUCACCCACUACAAACAGUACCCCCCCAACAUCAGCAAAAUCUACUCCUACUUCGAAUGUCGUCAUAAGAAAGGCUCCCAGUUUAAUGAAGUGGUGUUUUUUGGUCUCCAGUAUCUGCUGAAGAAGUAUCUCACCGGCCAAGUGAUCACAGAGGAGAAGAUUCAGGAAGCAAAGCUGUUUUACCAGUUACACUUUAAACAAGCUGUGUUUGAUGAAGAAGGUUGGAGAAAAGUUCUUGAGAAACACAAUGGCCGACUUCCUAUCCGGAUAAAAGCCGUGCCUGAAGGCAAGAUCAUACCCAGAGGCAACGUCCUCUUCACUGUGGAAAAUACAGACCCAAGCUUCUACUGGCUCACUAACUACAUUGAGACCAUGUUGGUUCAGAUGUGGUACCCCAUCACAGUAUCUACAGUAUCCAGAGAGUUUAAGAAGAUCCUGGCCAAGCACCUAAAGGCGACUUCCGGGAGCCUCGAAGGUCUGGACCUGAAGCUUCAUGACUUUGGCUAUAGAGGCGUCUCCUCACAGGAGUCUGCGGCUCUAGGUGGAGCGGCUCAUCUCGUGAAUUUCUGCAGCACUGACACAGUAGCAGGCCUUCUCAUGGCUCAGCGAUACUAUGGAUGCCCAAUGGCCGGUUUUUCCAUUCCAGCUGCUGAGCAUAGUACUAUCAUCUCCUGGGGCAAAAGUAGGGAGAAAGAAGCAUUUGAGCGCGUGUUGGAUGAGUUCUCUUCUGGGCCAGUCUCUGUGGUCAGCGACAGCUAUGACAUCUUCAAUGCAUGCAAACAUAUCUGGGGACACAAGCUGAAGGAGCGCGUCAUGGAGCGUGGACAGGACUCCUGUCUCGUUAUCCGCCCUGAUUCUGGAGACCCUGCAGAGACUCUUAUUGAGGUCAUCAAGAUCUUGGAGGAGUGUUUUGGAAGUUCUCUGAACUCUGUGGGAUACAAGGUGCUGCCUUCAUGUCUACGAAUAAUCCAGGGGGAUGGCAUUGACCUCAGUUCAGUGGAUCAGAUUCUUCAGAAGCUGAAUGAUGAAGGCUGGAGUGCAGAGAACGUUUUCUUUGGUUGUGGCAGUUCUUUGCUUCAGAAGCUCAACAGAGAUACGCUCAGUUGUGCCUUCAAGUGCAGCUAUGUGGAGGCUAAUGGAAAGGGGAUGGAUGUAUAUAAGCAACCGGUGACAGACCCAUCUAAGGGCUCAAAGAGGGGUCGUCUUUCACUGAGAAGGAACUCCGAUGGACUUCUGGAGACUAUUGAGAGAGGAGCUGGCAAACCUGAGGAGGAUCUGCUGGUGACCGUGUUUGACAACGGCUACCUUGUGCAAGAUUACUCCUUGGAGGAAAUCCGCAAAAAUGCGCGACUGCGGGAUGAGGAGGUGACACCUACCAUGCACAACCACCAGGAGGAGCUGCUGCACAACCACAUACUCAAUGGAAUUCAUUAGCUCAGCCACUAAACCUCUCCCUUGUGAACCUCAGUGUAGAAUUAGGUACCCCGGGAAGAGUAUACACUUUGUUAAACAGUUUGUUUUUUUAGGCUGAGAGACACCAAGUACUGCACAUUGGAAAUGAAGCGCACAAUAACAGUACUGUCUCUUGACCAUUGAGACUAGUUCACGUGUUGGGAGAUUCAACUGAAGACUAAAGCCUUGUGCCCGGGACCGUAUUUUACUACACUUGCAGUAUCAUGACAUCUAUAUGCUUUUUACAUUUACUUAUUACUCUUAGGAAGUAGAAGCAGCAUUUUAAACCAAAAAAUAUGAAAAUAUUGAAUAUCAAUUGACUUGUAUCAACCAAUUACAGGAGUAGUAGUUGUAGUCUUAGCAGUAGUAGUGGUGCUACUUCAAUCAGUGGGUGGCAUACUGUAUAUAUUUUUUAAAGUGCAACAAGUUUAUUUGCAGACCAACUGUCUUCAGCAGGUCACAUUUCAUCCACAUGAAUAGAGAGAGCAUCAAGUGCCUCCCUGGAUCCACCUCUCCACGUUUUAUGAAGAUUUUAAAAUUGGUAGUUUGAUAUGAUUUGAAAUGAAAAAAAAUCUCUGAACAUUGUGAUCACAUGAUGGGUAGAUCUUACAUCUUGUUAUCCUGUUACAUUGACAUCAUGAUAGCACAUAGAGAGGUACUCACUAUAUGGAAGCAACCUGUUUAAACGCUCAAUGCUGUGAAUAUAAUGGCAAGCUUGCUGUUUAUUUGAAGCACAUCGCCUGCUUAAUAGUCGAUAUUCUUCCUGAAAUCUGUCACCAAGCACAAGAUGAGACAGUUGUCCAAAUGAAAUGUGUUCCUGUGUCAGUUGUUUAACUUCUACUUCCCACGGAACAAUUUUAUUUAUUUUUUCGUCCUUGUAUAAGUAGUGAGACAUCAUAGCUUAACUCCAGAUAUGCAGUCCUACAAGCACAGCCAGCCCUACCCAAUGUGGCGCCCGAGGUGAGAUUUAAUACCAAAUAAAUCAGAUUAAUGGGCCUCAUUCACGAAACGUUCUUACGCACAAAUGUGUUCUUAAAACCUUCUUACGAAGAUUUUUGGCAUUCACGAAACGUGUUCUUAACUCACAGUUCUGACAUCUAAGAACAAAUUCUACGGACGCUCAGGAGGACUCUUACGCACAAGCAAAGCUUGCACUUUCAAUACGCAAUCGCCCUCAUGAUGGAUUUUGGAACCCGAUCCCCAAAAAUGUAGUGCAAAUAAAAUAUCCCAACAAUUAUUUAUCACCCAAACAACUAAAAUAUACUCCAUGGAUAAAUAUAUAUUCAAAUCCCAAUUCAUCAAAAAAGUAGCUGGCUGGACGUGCGCUGCGCAGAGAGAGAAUGUAAAGGGACCAUUAGAUUUAUUUGCUGAAAGCCACGAAUAAUUGAUGUCCCGCUUCAGGCUUCAGGCUUCCCUCUCUGUUCUUGCAGGUGUUCAGGAUCAUCAGAAUAACAUCGCAAUGAAACGUGGUGUGCCUAUUGUGCACGGAGCACCCCCAGAUAACGACAUGCGCCCCCAGCCACGUCUUGAGCCAGAGCACGGGGCUGCUGUAUUAAUUAGGCAGCGUCUAAUCAAAUGUAACCACAGAAAAAAAUACAUUGCCACACACAAACUCUGUAUUUUGACUUUAUUUUUCCAUCAUGAUUGUGUAAAAUAUUUUGUAGAGUUUCCAAAAUGGUUUAGUUUCUGAUUCAUGGCCCACCUCCCGUUUCCUCCAGAUCCCUCCGGUGCAGUCCAAUCUUUUUUUUGAGUCUAUUUUAAGUCAAACCACUUCUUUUUAACCUCUGCGGUGGUGCGUUUCUCCGUGCGUUUCUCCGUUAUGUUUCCUGCAAUGGUGCUCCAUGCCGACUCUUUUUGGAUGGCCUGUAUCCGGUGGAUACACUUGAAAAUAAGGUGGUCUUAUGUUCGGUCACUCCUUGUAAAAGCACCUCUAUUUCAGUAGAAUUGAAGUUUUUCUUUCGUUUGUUGUCCAGCUGCUCCUCAGUCUUGCCCUUGCACGUUGCCAUCUCCGCCUCCAGCUGCCUGUUGCGCACCGCACAUUUUUGACCUUAUAUAGGAAAUAAUAGGGGGUGACCUAUGCAAAUGAGGCCUUACAUGCAGUUGGCAUUCAUCAACCUAAGAACACCGGUGCGAGCGAUUAUCCCUACUUAUGAACGUGUCGUGAAUGUGGCGCAGUUUCCAACCCGCGCCGUCUUAAGUACACUUCUUAAGAAGACUUAAGAAGAUGUUCGUGAAUGAGGCCCAAUGAAACCCGACUCCUGCACACUAAAAAAAACAAAAACCUUUUAACCUCAAGUAACUUGAAAUAUUGAACAUAAUGAAUUGGUUAAUUAAUUUGAUAGUAAUUCCAGGUCAAAACGAGUAUUAGCAUGGUGACAUUUUGAUAAAGUUUCACAUGAGCUCUGAUAAAUGGCUAAGUAUUCAUCCUACAUAUAUUUUAUUCUAGUUUGAUGUUUGAGCUUCACUUUUUGUCCACUCAGGAUGGCUAUGAUUUAAGUCUGCAUAUUAAUUUAAUACCAAAUUGAAGGGGAACGUUUAACAAUUACGAUAAAGCAGUAUUACAAUUACGAGAAUACACACAACCAACGGUGAAGCCUCAAUCACAGUAACAGGUUUUCACUGCUGCGCAGUGUGGGGAUUGGAAUACUAAUAUUAAUGAACUAUUCAAGAUUAAACACACUUUAUGCACAAAAUAAUCAUCGAUCUUAUUUGUUACUAUGACGCGCACACAGCAAUGAACAACUUGACGCUCUGUCUCCUUGCUGCUCCGUUCUCGUUGCGCCA